GAAACAGCUGUGCUUGACGUCACUUCGAUGAAAGUGCUAAAUGCAAAACAUCCACUGAGGGUGACUGACUUACAUUAGGUGGGGGAAAAAUCUUUUGUUUUGUUUGUGUACGUUCAAAUUUUCAUUCUAAUUUUUAGACUAAAUUUGCAAGUGUCAACAAGCACCAAGUUUCUGAACUUGACAUCGGUCUUGGAUUAUUGAGUCUCCAAGGCUGGUAUACUGCACAAUGAGUGAAUUGAGCCAAGAAGAGAUUCGAAGGAGAAGGUUAGCUAGGCUUGCAGCUUUAGAUACAACUCCUGGUUCAUCUCAAGGAAAUAAUGUACCAGUUUCUCCAAAUUCAUCUUUAGCUACAUCUCCAGUUACACCUGGACCUACAACUCAGCCUAGGGAUGUUGGCUAUGGUAAAAGUGAUUCACAAAGUACUGACUCAUCUGCAAUGGAAGUAGAAGAAGGUAAUUCUGAGGCCGAAACAGGCGGAGGAGGGAAUGCUGAAACAAAAGGAAGUCAAAUAGAUGUGGACUCAGGUAUUGAAAAUAUGGAAGUAGAAGAAACCAAAGAAUCUACUCCACGCAGAUCUAGUGAGGGUGGGGGCACUGAAAUGACAGAAGAGGCUCUUAGAGUUACAGUACAAAGAAUUCUUUGUGUCUCAUGGACCGAAAAAACAGAAGACACAAUCUUCCUUGCAGAAACUGCCAAUUUCAUAGCUGAAAAAGAAGUAGCUGGCAUAACAGUUGAUAUGCAGGAUUUAAUCAGCCAGUGCAUUAUGGAGGUUAUAUACCGAAUUGCUGGAGGAGAUAAUCCACUUAUUGCUGCUGCAUCUACAGUUCCUAAGCCUGCCAUUGAUAUCGCAAUAACAUAUCUGACUGAUUCGUAUUCUCGUGUAGCUGUAGAAGAAAGGAAUCAUCCUAAAAAAAGCAGUGUUCGCCCACUUCGAUGGCUCCUUUCCGAAGUACGCUGCCAAUGUGUACAGUUCACAGCAAUGGUCCUUCAAGGCUUGCUAUUUGAUAGUGGUUCACCUCUCGUUUCUCCGCUUCUUAACCCAUUGCUCACUGGUACAUUACCCCGUGGGUUCCUGCACGAGUUACUCUCUAGGAUAUAUUCCAACCCAGAGGCUUUGAACAAAGUGUUCAGCCCUCUUCUUCAAGGGCUGUUCAGACACAUGCAGACAGUGUCAUUGACAGAUAAUGCUCACAGGAAACCAUUGGAAGGUCUCGCAGAGCUUGUGGAUAUCAGGCCUGGGUCGGGUGGAAAUUCUAGGCCUAUAUGUUCUCUGAUUACUAACCAGGUUCAGUUCUUACCAGAAACUGUCACAAAUGCUGCCGGGAAAGAAAUAACCAGAACAUCAUUUUUGGGACCUUUUCUGAGAGUAUCUGUCUUUCCUGAGGAGGACCCGAAAGUAGCUGAGAAGCUUUUUUCUGGAAAUUCGUCUACAGACAAGACCCUUUAUUCAUCCUUACAGCAGGAACUAGAAAACUCUAGGACAAUAAUGUACAAAGUUUUGCAUGACAUCCUCGUGAAUACUAAUUCUCGAGAAUCAAUGCUUGCUUAUAUUGCUUCUGUACUAAAGAAAAACGAAAAAAGGACCCAGAUGCAGGCUGAUUUUAAAACUCUUGCUGGAGACGGUUUUAUGCUCAAUCUUCUGUCAGUUUUACAGAUGCUGUCUUCAAAGGUUAAACUGGAAAAUGUCGAUACAUUAUAUCCUUUCCAUCCGUCCAGUAUGGUUGAUAUCAAAGAUGAUACCAGGCUUAAAUUCACCUCCCAAGAAUCAACUGAUUGGCUUGAUCAACUAAACAAAAGUGUGGUUUGGAAAGAGCCCAAUUUUUCGACACAAUGUUGGUUUCUAACUCUCCACUGCCAUAAUAUUGCACUCUUGCCAGCUCUUCAGAGAUAUCAACGUCGACUACGAUCUCUGAGGGACUUACAAAAAUUAGUUGAUGAAAUGCAAGCUUCUGAGGACCAGUGGAGGUGUUUACCUCUUGCUCCGAGAAACAAAGAAUUGAUCAAACGUUGGAAACAUCAAAUCAAGAAGUUGACAAAAGGCAAAGCAUGCACAGAAGCAGGCCUCCUUGCUCCUGCUCUUAUGAGACGAUCCUUACUUUUCUAUACGUCUGUUGGUGAAUUUCUUCUUUCGACACUAACAAAUGGGGAUGUAUCGAAGAUACCUAAUCUUCCGUUGCCUCAUGAGCCACCUGCAACAUUUGCUGCUCUUCCUGAAUGGUAUGUCGAGGAUAUUGCAGAGUUUCUUCUGUUCCUACUCCAGUACAUGCCAGGCGUUGUUGCAGAAACUAUGGAUGACACACUUUUCACGUGGCUUCUUGUCUGUGUUUGUACCCCUUCUGCAAUAAAAAAUCCUUAUCUGGUUGCAAAAGUUGUGGAGGUCCUCUUCGUUCUUGUGUCUGGUCUCCUUUCUCGGCACAGUGUUCUUCAAGAUAGGUUCAUGUCUCAUCCUCUUUCAGAAAGCCACCUUGCUUCCUAUUUAAUGAAGUUUUAUACUGAUGUGGAAACAACAGGUUCUAGCUCUGAAUUUUAUGACAAAUUUACAAUUAGAUAUCAUAUAAGUUUAAUCCUAAAGAGUAUGUGGGAUAGUCCUGUACAUCGAAAUGCUAUUAUUAAGGAAUCCAAGUCUGGAAAACAGUUUGUUAAAUUUAUCAAUAUGCUUAUGAAUGACACAACUUUCCUUCUUGAUGAAAGUUUAGAAUCUUUAAAGAGGAUACAUGAAACCCAGGAGCUAAUGGCUGACCAAGCGGGCUGGGCUGCUCUCACAACGGAGCAACAGCAAGCCCGCACUAGACAGCUGGCAGCGGAUGAGAGGCAGUGCAGGUCUUAUAUGACUCUGGCUCGGGAAACUGUUGAUAUGUUUCAUUAUUUGACAGAUGAAAUCAAGGAACCUUUUUUGAGAUUGGAAUUAGUAGGAAGACUUUCAGCUAUGCUCAAUUUUAACCUUCAACAGCUUUGUGGGCCAAAGUGUAAGAACCUGAAGGUCAAUGAACCUGAUAAAUACGGGUGGGAGCCCAGAAGACUUUUGAGCCAACUUGUUGAUAUUUAUCUCCAUCUUGAUUGUAAUGAAUUUGCAGCAGCGAUUGCUGCCGACGAGAGAUCAUUUAGAAAAGAGCUUUUUGAAGACGCUGCAAUGAGAAUGGAAAGAUCGAGAAUCAAGACUACUAGUGAAGUUGAAAGGUUUAGAGCUCUCUCUGCUAAAUCUUAUGAAAUUUCUGUUGCCAAUAUUAAACGUGAAGUGGAUUACAACGAUGCACCGGAUGAGUUUAGAGAUCCUUUAAUGGACACCCUUAUGGAGGAUCCGGUUUUGUUGCCAAGUGGUAAAGUUAUGGACCGCUACGUGAUUAUUAGGCAUUUGUUGAAUUCAUCUACUGAUCCGUUCUCAAGACAACCACUUUCUGAGGAUAUGCUUUUACCAGCAACGGAGUUGAAAGAACGCAUAGAAGCAUGGAAGAGGAGUAAAGAGCAGGCAGGAAAGAUGUGAGGCACUCGUUGCGAGUCCAAUUUUCCACCACCAAUUGUGCCUUCUCCUGCCAGAUCUUGAAGAGAUGUUGGUGUAGGCUUGCCAGGACGCCUACAGAGAGGGUUUUGACUGAGUCCCCACAGCCUCUUCUGGCAGCUGUCUUUGUAAAGGAUUCGUUUUCCAUCGGUCUGCUCCAACCAUUCCCCUUGAGAUCUCUUUCUCAUUUUUCUUUCUCACUCUAGUAUAUAUAUGUAUAUGUAUACAAAUCUUAUAUAUUUGUGAUUGAUUUACUGCCCUGUAUAUAGUCCUUGUUGAUUAAUUGAACAGUAUCACAUUAAAGUUUAAAAAAUAAAUAUUGUUUUUACUUCAUUGCAAAAAGAAAUUACUAUUGAUUCCAGAUCUUGUUUUCUCAGAUCUAGCGAUUUUUAAAUUUUUAUUAUUAGGUGCAUACCUGAAGGGAUUUUUAGUUCAGUAAUUGUAAAGUCGAUUUUAUAUAUUGUUAUAAUUAAAUAAAUUUUUCCCUUUUUGUACCUAGGUUAAAUAUAUUGUAUAUUAAAUGAAUGAAACACCUUUAUUUGUAAGAUCAUUAAGUAAGUGUCAGGGGAUUCUUAGAUUCUGCGAAAUCCCUGAUCGCUUCUAAAUCCUCGUAAAUAUACUGUGUAUAUAGUGUCUUAUGUGAUGUGAUGUGUCCAAUUGUACACUGAUGCUCAUUGGAAUGAUUAUAUUAUUAAAUUGGAAAACAUACAAAAAAAAUUCAAAAUAGUGUAAUAAAAAUUUAAAAAAAGUGUAAAAUGAUUGAAAUUAUAUGCUUUUACUUUUUAU